AUGAAUCUAUUUCCUUCAAGGAAUCUUUUUUCCAAUCCAAGUUCACCUUAAACUUCUGAACCAAAUCCAUGUAAGAAGUUAUUUGUUGAUCCUCCAUUUACUCCUGAAUUUGGUAAUCAAUUUAAACAACCAAUAAAACUCUAAGUAACAGAAGGGAUUGGCAUAAACUAAAAAAAUUAAUUAGCAUUGAAAAUAAAAUAAUCAAAAGGAUAAUAAAAUUAAUAAAAUAAAACAAAUUCACCAAGCACUCCAAAAGGAAAUGUGAAAACUUUAUAAUAAUCGACUGGAGAGAAAAAUAAACAAAACUAACUGAAUAAAAUAAAUAAAAGGAAAGUAAUAAGAAAUUUGAAUAAAUAAUUUGAAGGAGAAGAUGGAGUUCAAAAAAGCAGAUAUUAAGAAGAAUAUAUACAAGUGGAUAUUUUAGGAAGUGGUUAUUUUGGAUAAGUGUAUAAAUGUAAAAAUAGAUUUACAAAUUAAAUUUGUGUUAUAAAAUGCACAAAAAUAAAAUAAAAUAAAUUGAAUAUGGAUAUGGUGAAUGAAUCUUAAGCUUUAGCAUAUUUAAAUGCAAAAGGAGCAUGUAAAAAUUUAGUUAGAUAUUUUACAUCUUGGCAAGAAGGGAAUAUGUUAUAUUUAUUAAUGGAAUAUUGUGAUUAUAGUGUUAGUUCAAGAUAGGAUUAUGAAGAAUUUGAAAUAAAAAAGAUACUUAAAGAUAUAACAAAUGGAUUGAUAUUUUUACAUGAAUAAUAAAUAUCACAUUUAGAUAUAAAACCAGAGAAUAUACUUUAUAGUAAGAAAGAUGGUUAAUACAAAUUAGCUGAUUUAGGUUUAUCAAAGAAAAUACAAAAACGUCAAGAAGACGUGAGUGUAGGAGAUUUCAGAUAUAUAGCAAAAGAAUUACUAAAUCAAACAGAAAAAUUAGAUCUAUGUAAAACAGAUAUCUUUUCUUUGGGAGCAACUCUUUUUUAAUUGAUGAUAAAAUAGUAAUUGCCAUCAAAUGGGGAAGAAUGGCAUCGUAUAAGAGAAGGAACUCAAAUUACUGAUUUUCCAGAAAAUAUGUAUUCAUUAAGAUUGAGAAAGUUAAUAUGUAGAAUGAUGGAUCCUGAUCCUAUUUCAAGAAUUAGUGCUAAGGAAAUAUUGGAAGAUGAAUAUAUUUAUGUAAAGAAAGAAAAUUAUAUUAAAUGGGAAAAAAUACGUGGAUUAAUACUUAGAAGGCAACUCGAUGAAUAUAUAAUUAAAUAAAGAAAGUACAGUAUUUGA